AUGCGCCCAACUCUCCCACCCCCCAUCCACGUAAAGGUCGCCAUCGCCAACCCUCACGCGGAUCUCGCCGUCCCCAAUCUCAGCCCCCCGAUCCAGCCACGCCAACACCUUCCCGAUCCAGCUAACCCGCCUCGGCCCAUGCCCACCAACCACAGCGCCCACGCAGCUCACGCCGCCGACACAUCCACAGUCUGA